AUGUCAGCAAGCAACUUUCCUGAUACUAUUAGAGCCAUUCAGUACACAGGAGUCGGAGGGCCAGAGGUUAUCAAACUCAACUCGGUCCCAUUCCCGAAGCCUGGACCGAACGAAAUGCUCAUCAAGGUCUUAUACGGAGGCGUCAAUUUUCUCGAUAUUAACUUUCGAAGAGGUAUGCUCUGUCCCAAUGCAGCGACUUUUUUUACAAACAAACUCGAAGGAAUAUACCCACUUCCAGCCAUUCCCUGGACAGCAGGAUGGGAAGCUGCUGGUGUUCUCGAGUCGCUUCCAUCCGAUCCAGAAAUUCUAAGUGACCCCGAAUUCAAAGCCAGGCAGUUCAAAGUGGGCCAAAUUGUCGCGUCGGUUGCGCCCGUCGCUUUCGCGGAAUAUAUCACUCAACCUUGGAUCAAAGUCCUUCCUGUUCCGGACGGUAUCGGCCCCAAGUUGGCAGCAGCCACGUCGCUUCAAGGCACGACUGCUUUGACGCUUGUAGAGGAAGCCUACAAUGCCAAGCAAGAUGACUAUUGCCUAGUGCACUCUGCUGCUGGCGGGCUUGGUCUCUUGUUCUGCCAGCUGCUAAGCGCACGUGGAGUUCAUGUCAUCGGGAGUGUGUCUACUAAGGAGAAGGCAGAGCUCGCAAAGGCUAACGGAGCUGAGUACACGAUCAACUAUAAAGAGGAGGAUCUCGUGAAACGAGUCAAGGAAAUCACCAACGGCGAAGGUGUUCAUGGCAUUUACGACGGUCUUGGAAAGGCAGCGUGGCAAGAUAACCUCGAGAUGGUUAGGAGGAAAGGCACUAUCGUCAAUUUUGGCAAUACUACUGGUGUGAUACCUCCGUUCUCGAUCCUUGACCUCAAGGCAAAGAAUAUCCACCUCGUUCGUCCAGACUCCAGUCAGUAUAUGGUGACACCUCGUGAGAUACGCGAAUAUAAUUCGCUGCUUUGGAAAACGGUCAAGUCAGGAGAAUUGAAAGCUGUCAUCUCCAAGGAGUAUCCAUUUACCCCGGAAGGCGUUGGUGAAGCGCAGGAAGAUCAGGCUUCUGGGAGGUCACUCGGCAAGCUCGUCAUCAGGAUUGCAAAUUAG